CCAAAAUGUUUCCUAACAUUUUGCUUAAAACUAAAUAGACAAUUUUUCUCAGUGUUGAAACGCACGCGAUGCUGCAGGAGAAAUAAAUAAAUGAAAAAGACAAAACGAGCUUGAAUCGCGAAUUUACAAAAUUAUUUUCGGCUUAAGAUACGAUCGUACAGUUAUAAUGUUUGAAGAUCACCAAAGCUCUGACGAAGAAAACCCAAUCCCCGAUGAAGAUUGUUGCAAUUCUUUGGAGCUUAAACGUCUCUUUGAAAAUCCCAUAGCACCAAAAUGCGAAUUAGCAGCCUCAUUGAAAAGAACGUGUGGUCUACAUCUAUCGCUUUCUAGCGACAGCCAAAAGCUGGCUGUUGGUUUGUCCAAAAAUGUUCUACAAACUUACCAAUUUAGAGAAGAUGGGUCACUUGUUCAGUUGAAUGAAAAUUUAGGACAUCUCAAAAGAGUUGUUCGAGGUGUGAAGUUUUUCAACCAAGAUCCCAACUUGGUUUCGGCUUGUACGGAGGAAGGGUACGUUUCGUUGUUCGAUUUACGGGCCGAGAAAGUGGUUCACGAGUUUGAUGAUUCUUCUGAGGGUACCCGUAAGACGAUGACCGCUGUCGAUGUUAACCAGAACGACCGUGUACUUUGUGCCUCUACGGAUGUGCAAAAGGGUGGUGAUAGUUUUCUUCUAUUCUUCGACAUACGAGAACGGAAAUAUCUUGGUUGCUAUUGGGAAAGUCAUAGUGAGGACAUCACGAGUGUACGAUUUCAUCCAAACAACCCCGAUUUUUUGGCCAGUGCUAGCGUUGAUGGUCUCGUAAAUGUGUUUGAUAUAUCACAGACGAACGAGGAUGAUGCCAUGCAGUUCUGCUUCAAUGUUGAUAACUCUAUCGAGGCCAUAAAUUGGCACCAGACUGCGCUGGAGAAAGAUAGGAUAUCGGUAAUAACAACCACGAAUGAUUUCCACCUUCUUGACGUAGAAACGCAGGAUACUGAGUUUUGUUAUCAAAGGGAACAGAUAACUCAGUCAAUUAAAAGAAAAUCAGUUAUUGAUUGCAACGUCAUCAACGCUCAUAAUACCGUUAAUAAAGGAUUCAUUAUACUUGCUGGAUCGAACUAUAAUAAAGGGGAAUGUCUGCGAACAUUAAAAUGUAACGAGAAAGGUGUUUUACCACACAGAAACUUUGUACAAAACAAACAAAUCGUUCGCGCCAGCGUGUAUGAUGCAAAAGAAAACUGUCUGAUAACUACUGGCGAGGCUGGACUCAUUACCGUGUGGCCAUGUGAAAGCGCUGCUGCAUCAAACGGCGAUGACAAGCGGGUUAACAGUGCAAGCAAGAAUUUAAAACAAAAGUUAAACAUAAGCCAUCAUCGUGCAAAGCCUUAUUGAGUUUACGAGGAAAAAUAUUUGCAAGCAUCUAUUUGUUA